AUGACGGUGCAGGAGAUCCGGCUGGUGCUGAUGAUCGAGGACCCGCGCGAGGCGGAGAGGCGGCGGCAGAUGGGCAUCGAGAAUGAAAGCGGGUGCUCGCGCGACGAGAUCGCUGACGCGUUUCUUGAGGACCGCGUACCAGCAGACCGCAUGGUGCUGCGCAAGCUGGCGCAGGACAUGCGCGACUGGCCACGCCUACGAGAGGAGCCAGCACCCGAGGAGGCAGUGGGGGCAGGUGGGCAGCGCACGUCUCCCUACGCGCAGAUCACCGACGUGGGACUGCAGGGCGGCGCCCAGGCCAACCGCCCUCCCGCCGCCUACUCAGCGUCCGCCACGGCAGCAUCCGCCACGUCAGCAGGCGGAUCGUCUGCGAGCCAAUGGGACGCGGUGGUGGAGCGAGUUGAGAAGGCGGCAGAGAAGCAGGCGGAGGAGGAGAAGGACCUCGGCAGCAAAGUGCCUCCCUGGGUGGUGCGUGCUUCUCCCUCUUGCUCUCCAAGCCUUGAGUCCUAUGCUUCCUUCCUCUGCAUCGCGCCCAGCAUUCCCUGCUUCCUUACCUAA